AAAAAUAAGUUUUAAACUUCUCUGUUUUCGAUUCUUCUUGUUCUUGUCAAAAUUCUUAUGGGAUCCGGUUUUUCGGUGAGUUAGAAUAUUCACGGGUGAUCCGGUUGAUCCACCGACGAAGAACGACGACAUUGGUGCUCGUUUCGGAUCGUUCGAUCUCGAUCUCGAUCUCAAAAGCCGCUCAGAAAACAGGAAUCAGAACAUUUACAGUUCGUUUUUGUUUUGGCGAAUCCUGAUUCGAGGUAUUUGUGUUAUUGUUGUUUAUGGAGUGGAUUGGGUGAAUCCAGGGCGGAAAAUCCUAAGAACUUGAGGAUUUGAUUUCUGAUUCUACUGAAGAAGAAGAACUGGAGGUAAAUUGGUAAUUGAAUGUCGAUUGUCCAUUUUUUAGGUUUUGGUUGAGAUUUGGAAUUCGAGUUUUGUUGCGAACGGAGAUAGAUUGUUGUUUGGGGAUUUGUUUAGGUUUUACAGUAAUUUUGAAGCAAUUAGGGCUCUGUUUAUUAACAUGAGCGACAAGCAACCGAUUAAGUUAGACGACGAACAAAUUGCGGAGUUGAGGGAAAUCUUUCGGUCGUUCGAUCGGAACAACGACGGGAGUUUGACUCAACUCGAACUCGGAUCGCUUUUACGAUCACUUGGUUUGAAGCCGAGUCCGGAUCAACUUGAGAAUUUAAUAAUGAAGGCCGAUACGAACAGCAAUGGAUUAGUGGAAUUUUCGGAGUUCGUAGCUCUGGCGGAGCCGGAGCUGGUAUCGGCGAAGUGCCCUUACACAGAGGAGCAAUUAAAGCAGCUAUUUAGGAUGUUUGACAGAGAUGGGAAUGGGUUUAUCACCGCGGCGGAGUUGGCUCACUCGAUGGCCAAACUCGGCCACGCUCUCACGGCGGAGGAGCUCACCGGAAUGAUCAGGGAAGCCGAUACCGACGGCGAUGGCAGAAUCAAUUUUCAAGAGUUCUCUCAGGCAAUUACUUCUGCUGCAUUUGAUAAUUCCUGGGCUUGAUCAUUUUGCUGCGACUGGAAACAAACAGCAAAUGGGUAAAAUAUUUGGACGGCAGAUGACUGUAACCAACAUGACGAUCUUGUCAAGAAAUUGAAAAUGGUUUAUGGGUUCAGUUUUGAAUGUUGAUCAAAGUCUGAAUCUCUUACCUAUUUCUUUGCUUGAAGAAGACUCGAGAGUUCAAGUUAUGUUAGGUUUCAAAUUUGGGCUGUUUAUAACGUUGGAGUCCAAACCAAACACACUGCUGGGAUUUUUGUGAAGGAUUUUAGUUCCAAUUCCAGUUUUUCAAUAUGGUAUGGUGGUGGUGGUAGUUUGGUGCUUU